CCGUAGCCUAUGACGUAUUCAAAUACAAUGCCAAGUAGCCUUCAAGCGGUCCGGACUUUUCCGCCGUUCCUUCGGCACAGGCCUCCAAAUCCGGACAUCUACCGCAUUCUUGUUGGACAGCAACGCCGACGUCUGCAGGCAGCAAGGAUACCAGGACAGCUCAUGCCGCGAGCUCAUCAUGCCGCUCAUUAUUCAUGCUGCUAGUCAGUGCGACAUCUGCUUCUCGACCUAUGCGUGGGACCAGCCAGAGCAGGCGCCUCAUGUUAUUCCUUGUGGCCACACUUUUUGCAAAGAAUGCUUGACGAACAUCACCAGUAUCACGAACAGACCGCCGACGUGUCCCUUGUGCAGGAAAGGCUUCAAGCGGGAUCCGGUGAAGCUUCGGAGGCUGCAUGCGAACGGUCCCCCUGCAGACGAGCUGAAACAUAACGAUUUGUUAGAGAGAUUGGUUCUUGCUUGGAAGCUGACGGAUCCAGACCCGGAAUUGCGCGCAGAGAUUCAACAAUUCCUCGACGGAAAGGACGAGAACCAGUAUCGAUCCCUUCGUAGCGCGCUUGAGGGAACGGACACGCUCCGAAAGCUGAGGUUCAAGUAUGAAAAAACGAAGAUCCUGAUGCGGACCGCCACACAGAAGGUCAGGGCGAACCAUACCGAAGAUGAGAGGAACAAGGAAUUCGAGGCCCUUUUAAUGCGCAGAUACCGAGAUGAGGUCGAUCACUUGCACCAACAACUUGCUAUGGUCAAUUCGUUCUUUGAUGAUGGCCCGACCAAAGGCAAGGGAAAGGGAAAGCAAAGACCGAACCCUUUGCCGACUCCACCCCAGGACAUUUUCCGACUACCCGAGUACCAAAUCUUGAACACUCAACCGUCUUUACCUGCGAAUGCGGGCACUAGCAAUACGCAGGUUUAUACGUCCGUAUUGUCAAAGCUUUCGCAAGCAAUCCAGCAAGCACAGAGCCAAUACGAUCCAGCUCUCGGAAGGCAGAACGUCAUUGUCGGUGGCGCUCAACCAGAAUCUCGUGUCACUAUCCCUCCGGAACAGGAGUCUCACGAAGGACCCAAUUUCCAAGGCGCGGGAAGGCUGAUCGGGUAUCUGCGAGGAGACGAUGGUAGUUUCCAUCAUGGCUAUUUCAAUGAGCAGUCUCAAGCCGGACCUUCAAAACAUCCGAAUGUUUUACAGACUACUGAGUCGACAACGUCACUCUCGUCUAUGAGCUUCGGAGCAUCGUCUAGCUUGCGGCCGCAUCAACGCAGCAAUACCUUUCCUCAUGUCAGCUUUGACACUUCUAAUUCCUCUCAACCCAGCACCGAAAAUUCUGUUCCAAGGACUCAUCCUCAUACAUCUGUCGCGAAUUCUCGAGCAGGGGGUCGCACCACCACCUCCCAGCUGGUCACUGGAUCUACUCGUUCUGGAUCCUCUAUCGCCGAGCCGUCUGAGCAGCCCCAAUUAUCUCAGGGCGCUUCGCAACAACAUAAUGCUAGGGCACACGGAACAACAGCUCGGAGGCGAAAUUUCAACACGGGAAUGCGAGUGCUUCUUGAAGAGCACCCCGCACCCCUUGCCCCAGACAAUAUCUCUAUUGUGUCAUGGGGGACAUCAGCACAUUCAGAUGGUAGCUCUUUGCGUAGCAUGAAUCUUCUGUCCUCCUUCUUUGCAGGUUCCCCUGGUGCACCCGGGUCGUACGUCGUGCCUGUAGGAGACCCGAGCGCGUUUUUGCCUCUUCGAAAUCCAGUGCGCGAGGAAGAGGGCGGUGUUUUGUCGCCUUUGGACGUGGAAUGGAUUCCUCAAACGAGGCCUGCCCCGCGUGGACGCCAUCGACGUCUUUCCUCCGCCCCGAAUCUUCCUUCAGCUUCGCGAGCGACGGUCAGGCCCACGUCGGAGGAAGGUCUUGGUCGGAGGGGAUUAGUUGAUGAGACGGAAGAAGAACACGAUAACGCGUUGGGCCUGGUGGAUUUGAGGAGGCGGGAGGAUUCGCCAUUUAUUGCCCAGCCCACGCCGAUGGUGCCUGCAGCGCAUUUCCUCAGAUCGUUCAGCCACCAAGGAGCAUGAUUCUCUCUCUCUCUUUUUUUUUUUUCUCCAUCUCCGGGAUACUCUUUACAAGUCGUUAGUUACUUUACCAUCGCUGUCGCUCAAACACUACCAUCCGGAACAUUCAGUCAGUCGCUUGCACAUCACAUUGCUUUGUAUCCAUCGUCUUU